UUUUUAACUUGAAUACGUUGAUUCUGUGCAAAAAAUAGCGGAGGAAAUAGCCAGUGGCCGAAGCGAGCUGCGCCGUCUCCAGCGUCCCCAUCCCACCGCCCGGCUCCGGGGCGCUGCCAGGCGGAGGCAGUCGGGGUAACGACGUGUUUCCCGGCGCGGGGAAGAAAAGCGUUCGGUAACACGGAGGGAGCUGACGUGUGAUUCUUCCCCCAGGUUGUAGACAAAGAGCAGCGGCGAUCGGCGCCCGCGCCCUCCCUUUGUUCUGCCCGUGGGUUCAGCCGGACUGUCCCCCAUUAACCCGGUGGGGAGGGGGAGGCGAGGGCUGCGAGCAGACCGUUUGCUCGAGGAGCUCGCCCGCCGCCCGUUGAGUCACUUGGAGGAAAAUGUGACUUCACCGCGCACACCUCCGGCAGCGACGGGCAACAGCGGGAGCGGGACUCGGGAACGGGACCCGGCAGCUCCCUGUGGCCGCCUGCUCCCAUUCCAGCCCCAGCGGUGCUGAGAAGCGCGGGGGCACAGAGCCCCUCUGUUCCCUUCACAAAGAGCCGCCUGUGCCUCUCCCCGGCCGUGCUGUGCGCUCCCAGAGAGGAAGAUGCCGAGCGGGGCACCAUGCUGCUCCCAGCCUUGUCCCUGCUGGUUUCUAGCCCUCAGACCCCGAGAUGUGCAGGGAGUGGGGAGCUCUGUGCACCCCGAGUUCUGCGGGGUUCAGGGAUCCAGUACUCAGCUGCCUGUGUAUUUAAUGAAUCACGUCCGCCCCAGGGCUUGGAAUCAGGGUUUUGCUGGAAUCUGUUCCCCAUAUAGCCCCUGGUCUGGGCAUCAUUUGUGGUUUGUCUGCUGCAGGCACUGAAAGGGGGAAAUACCUACUUGGCUGCACCCAGGAUGCUGGCAGCGGCAGCGCUGACCCUUGGAGCCACUUUUCCUGCACUGGUGAUGGCAGAGCAGAGCCCAAAUCCCUUCCCCUGGCAGCCGUCACCGCCAGCAAGUGCAAAGCCACAACGGCCCCACAUGAGAAAAUGGUGGCACUGAGCGUGUGGGGCAGAGAGCACAAUGCGCGCAGGGGAUCACGUGGGCCUUCAGACAGUUCCUGGAACCCCAUCAGGCCAGAGCCACCUGGGAAGAAAUGCUGCAGGACAGCAGGUGCCCAGCAGAUAGCCCAGAGCAUCAGGUGCCUGCCUGAGGGAUCCUCUAAGGAAAGCGUGGACAUGCAGAGGAUACAAAAGCUGUAGCUCCCUCACUCACCAUCCAAAUGGAGAGGAGAUCGGCUUUGCCCCAGGAUUUUCGGGAGGUGCUGCACUGCCUGAAGAUGAGGAGCAAGUAUGCUGUGCUGCUGGUGUUCGUGGUGGGGCUGGUCAUCAUCGAGAAGGAAAACAACUUCAUCUCCAGAGUGUCAGACAAGCUGAAGCAGUCCCCACAAGUGCUGCCAGAGGCCAACGAGACGGAGACCAGCCCGGUGCCAGCUGAGAAUGGGUCUCUGGCCUCACUGCGGCAGCUGGACACAGCCUUCUCACAGCUGAGGACGCGGCUGCGCAACGUCACCUUGCAGCUGGCCGGGGAGCUGGGCAUGGCAGCCCCAGGGCCACGGCGGCACGUCCUGCUGAUGGCCACCACGCGCACCGGCUCCUCCUUCGUUGGGGAGUUCUUCAACCAGCAGGGCAACAUCUUCUACCUCUUUGAGCCCCUGUGGCACAUUGAGAGGACGGUCACUUUUGAGCCAGGGGGGGCCAACGCGGUGGGCUCGGCCCUGGUGUACCGGGACGUGCUGCAGCAGCUCCUCCUCUGCGACCUCUACAUCCUGGAGAGCUUCAUCUCGCCGGCGCCCGAGGAGCACCUUACGGCCGCCCUGUUCCGGAGGGGCUCCAGCCGCUCGCUCUGUGAGGAGCCCGUCUGCACGCCCAGCCUCAAGAAGGUCUUUGAGAAGUACCACUGCAAGAACCGCCGCUGCGGGCCCCUCAACGUCACGCUGGCAGCCGAGGCGUGCCGGCGCAAGCAGCACGUGGCCCUGAAGACGGUGCGUAUCCGGCAGCUGGAGUUCCUGCAGCCGUUGGCCGAGGACCCGCGGCUGGACCUGCGCGUCAUCCAGCUGGUGCGGGAUCCGCGUGCCGUGCUGGCAUCGCGCAUGGUGGCCUUCUCGGGCAAGUACGAGAGCUGGAAGAAGUGGGCGGCCGAGGGGGAGGCCCCGCUGCAGGAGGACGAGGUGCAGCGGUUGCGGGGCAACUGCGAGAGCAUCCGGCUGUCGGCCGAGCUGGGGCUGCGGCAGCCGCGCUGGCUGCGAGGCCGUUACAUGCUGGUGCGCUACGAGGACGUGGCGCGGGCGCCGCUGCGCAAGGCGCUGGAGAUGUACCGCUUCGCCGGCAUCCACCCCACGCCACAGGUGGAGGAGUGGAUCCGUGCCAACACGCAGGCGCCACAGGACGGCAACGGCAUUUACUCCACGCAGAAGAAUUCCUCGGAGCAGUUUGAGAAGUGGCGGUUCAGCAUCCCCUUCAAGCUGGCGCAGGUGGUGCAGGACGCCUGCGAGCCGGCCAUGCGGCUCUUCGGCUACAAGCUGGCCGGCAGCGCCCAGGAGCUGACCAACCGCUCGCUCAGCCUGCUGGAGGAGGGGCCCCCCACACGGGUCACGUAGUGCGGCUCUGCUGCCCCCAUACGCCCGGCCGGCCCGGGGUCACCCUGUGCCGUGGACUAGGAACCGGGGCGUCCUCACAAUAGCGAUGGGUUCUUGGGAAGGGCGAUCAGGAGAUGGCGCAGGGAUGCUGCGGCGGAGGGGUGAAGCUGUUUAGUUCCUCUCCCGAUGGAAGGAUGAGACCCUGAGAUUGAAAACCCAAGCACCAUGGGUGCCCAGAGCUCUUAGCACAACCUGAUUUGUGCUCCGGCUCCAAUGGUGCCUUCUGUUUUCUGCAGAGGGCCAUUGAGCAAAGGACAGGAGAACCGGAGUUUGCAGGCAGGAAUCCAUAGCCCCAGCCAGGGGACAAUUCUCUGGGAGUGUUCUGCAACCUGGAGGUUUUCCAAUGCCACCAAACACAAUGAACACUCCUGGGUGGACUUCAGCACGGGAAGCAAUGUCGCUGCCACAUGGGCAUGUGGCUCUCUGCCUUUUCCAAGGGUGUGCACCGAGUGCCAGCAGCAUGGUGUGCCAGCACCAGCAGGGACUUGGACCUCAAAGGCCUUACUGGUUUAGUGCCUUGGUACCAGCACAGACUGAGAGCUGCCUGCAGCGGGACGAGGCGGCCCCUCAGUUUGUGCUCUGCAGUGCUGAUUGUUAGGUGGGGAGAGUACUUUUGAUUUAUUUUCUACAUUUUUCUCUGUGUACCAGGGUUGCAGGGCAAAUUUAUUUAUUUAUUAUGUUUAAAAAUUGAAGGGGGGGUAGGGUGGGGAAGGUACAUCAGGGGUCAGAGCUAAGCCCAAAAAUCAGAGCAGCACAAAGUGCUGCAGAGACCUACAGAGGAGGUGAUGGGAGUACAGCCCACAGGAGGCCUCUGGGGACGGGAUGAGUUACGGAUGCAGCUCCUGGGACACCUGGCUGCAGUGAGGCAGCAAUGGGGACACUGUGGUAAACUCACACAGGGCAAGGGUGCUCUCCAGAUCCCAUGACUUGCCCCAGAGCGACCGAACCUCGUCACCUGGUGGGAGCUUGUUCACUUGACUUCAUUAGAAAUGGGCAAAAAAGCAAUACAAAGGAGCAGAGUCCAAAA